AUGAAACCUUUUAAGAUUUGUUUAGUUGGACCUCCCGCAUCUGGAAAAUCCUCUAUUCUUGCUGCUUUACAGAAUAAACCUUUUAAUCCUCACAUUUCCUAAACUUUUCAAAAUAAUUUUUGGAAAUAUACCGAUCAAAAUAGAAGUUUUAGGAUUUGUGAUACGACUGGAUUGGAUAAAUUUCAAAAAUCCACAAUUAAAUGCAUGAAGGAUUCAAACUUAAUAAUUAUCUGCUUUGAUUUUUCAGCCAGGAGUGCUGAAAUACAUGUGGAAAAAUGGUUGAAUUUUGUUAGAACCCAUAAAUCAGUAACUCCAAUCGUUAUUAUUGGCACUAAAACAGACAAAGCAUCAAAUUAGUAAAGUGAAUAUAUACAGAGAUUGAGGAAAAGAUACCCUUUUUACUUAACUUCUGCUUCUAACCCCCAAGGUGUAAAAGAUGUGUUCAGAAAUAUAGAAAAUACUAUAAUCAUACCAAAUCUAGUAGUUGAAAGAAUCUAAAUUAGACGUAGAGAGGAUGAAGAAGUAAAGCGCGGUUGGUUUUGCUUUUGCUGA